AUGGCUUCCUCCUCAAAGUCCCCGAGCUUCUUGCUCUACUCCUGCAUCGCCCAUCGAACUACCAUCCUAGCCGAACACUCCUCCCCCGGAGCCUCAUCGACAGCCGCCUCAUCUCUCGCCUCAAUCAUCCUCCCAAAGAUCUCCCACGACAAAUCCCAGAAAUUAACAUACACCCAUGAACGGCUCUUCGUCCAUUAUAUCGCCGACUCGCCCUCCGGAGGCGCAGUCGACGACCAAAGCGGCCGCACAGAACCCACCUCCUACGCGCCCCUGAGCUUCAUCGUCGUAGCGUCCGCUGAGCAAGGCCGCCGCAUCCCAUUCGCCUACCUACUAGAAAUGAAGCGCAAGUUCCUAACGACCUACCCGCCCUCGAGCACGGAUUACUCUUCGCUCCCGGCCUACGGCUGCGCAGCGUUUAAUUCCGAGCUCCGCUCCCUGCUGCAUACGUACAAUACUUCUCCGCCGGCGGACUCGCUUGCCUCGGCGCGUCGGGAGAUCGACAGCGUGCGCGACAUUAUGACGGAGAAUAUUGAGCGGGUGCUUGAGCGCGGGGAGCGGAUUGAUUUGCUUGUUGAUAAGACGGAUCGACUUGGAGGGAGCGCGCAUGAUUUCCGUAUUCGGAGCCGCGGUUUGCGGCGCCGCAUGUGGUGGAAGAAUGUCAAGUUGAUGGUUUUGCUGGGAUUCGUGGUGGUCUUCCUGCUAUACCUCUUUAUUGGUAUGGGGUGUGGGCUUCCGGCAUGGGGGAAGUGCGUUGGUCACAGUUCCUAG